ACGCCAUUAAUGACACUAUUCAAAUCGAUGAGUGUAACUUUGUGAAUAUAGCUUGGUUAGCAUGCAAAAGAAUGACCAUCAAAUUUUAAGUACGGUACGGUAGGCCAUUUAAAUCAUUUGAUAGAUUUUAAGUAAAUAACACAAACUGAAAAAUGUAGAAAAAGCAAAUAAAAUAAAGAAAACAAACGGAAAGGCGGCGUACCAUAUUUGCAUAGAGCAUUUACCUACCAAACGGCUUUUCAUAGAUAUGAAGUGGAGUGCCGACGGUGGACGCCACGCGAUCGAUCAUUCCUAGUUCGCGAAAAGUCAAAGUUGUGUGUAGCAAUCACAAGAUGGCCCUCCCUGCGCUAAGGCUCUACAGGUACUUAACCCCAAGCAUCGGGAAUGCACUGCUCAAGAACCGACCUUUGACCUUUGCGUACAUGAAGAGAACACUACAGAAACAAGCCAGCAAGAAAAUUGACCCAGAGAAAGUCAAGGGUCUUGUGUAUGUGUCAACAUCAACAGACGUUCAUGCAAACCUCUCGCUAGAAGACUGGCUUUACAAUAACACAGACUUGUCUGACACAACGCUGAUGAUCCUCUGGCGGAACGAUCCCUGUGUCGUGAUUGGACGACACCAGAAUCCCUGGGCGGAGGUCAACCUACGUCUGCUCUGGAAUUCAAACGUCAAGCUGGCCAGAAGAAGGAGUGGGGGAGGAACGGUGUAUCAUGAUCUGGGAAACCUGAACGUCACUUUCUUCUCAACUCGAGAGCGCUACAACAGAUCUAAGAACUUGGAUCUGAUCUCAAGAGCCUUGAAGAGGACAUGGCCGCAUCUUUCUGUGUCAGUGUCAGAAAGAGAUGAUCUUAUCGUAGAUAACUUCUUCAAAAUCUCGGGAACAUCUUCUAAACUUGGUCGUAAAAUAGCCUAUCACCAUUGCACCCUCCUCCAUAGUGUCGACAAAACGAGACUGAAGGAGAUGCUACAUGUUAGCAAGGAUGGCCUGAAUAGUAAAGCUACACCAAGUAUCCACAGCAAAGUGAAGAACCUGGCUGAUAUUGAACCGGCGAUAUGUCAUGACAGCCUCGUGAAAUGCAUCAGCAAUGAGUUUUACAGACAGUACAGUCCUUACAAAGAGUCACGAAAUGCAAAUCUCGGUGCUAAUAUGUUUCGAGUGAAGAGUGAUGCUACGGAGCAAAAUAAACUCUAUGAAGUCAACCCUACAGAUGAGGACAUGUGGAAAGGGAUACCUGUCUUAUGCAAUGUGUUAAGGAGUUGGGACUGGGUCUACGGUAAGACCCCUCGAUUCAGUAUAUCGGAGAGGAGAGGGGCCAUCAAAGUCACCGUGCAUGUCUACCAAGCAACAAUAGAGGGCAUCGUUGUGGAGGCACCGCCAGGAUGGAUGCAUGUAGACGAGGUUCAGAUGUUUGCUGAUCAUAUGAAAGGGCAAUAUUUUUGGUCCGACAAAGUCGCAGAUGCCAUGACUGCCUUCCUUAGCGCUCACGACAGCGAUGCAGAGACGCUGCGAAAAUAUCGCCUCUUAUCCAGUAUGAUACGGGAUGCCGCGAGCUGACCAAACGAAUAAGAUACUUGGCCUAAGAUGACUCACCUUGAUGAAGUGUGUGAUAUCUGCCUCAAUAAAACGUCUAUGCAAGCGUAAUAAGUGUCCUAGUUGGAACAGAGACAGCCAUGAAUGUCGAUACACAACAUAGUUUUAAUGCACAUGUAUAGAAGAUAUAUUUAUUGUGUGGAUUUAUACAUUGGCUGAUUUCAAGUUCGGUGUUAACCUUAUGUGGUUGUUGUUAGGCCUGUUCUUAUAUCAACUCAGCGCAAAAGUAAGAAUAAGAAGACUAGAUUUGGGACAAGCCUUGCUGUUUGUUUCAAGUGCCGACUGUUGUUACAGUUUAAGUCAAGGCUAGAAUAAAGCAGCUCUUCCAGCAUGUAUAUGCUGGACAGAAUCUAUUAAUCAUGAGUCGGUAAUGCAGCUAAACUAUGAGAAUUUAGAGGAAACACAAGAAACAUGGUGUCAGAAAUGGGAAACAAGCAAGAAGAAAGAAAAAAAUGUUAGAAUUAGUAGGGUACUGUGAAACCAUUGCUGCUGCUAUAUUAGGCAAUCUAACUUGUGCAUCCAACACCAAAACUUGCACUAACACCAGACUUGAAAGCACCCAUAAUGAUGUCUUAUUUGACAAGGUCACAAUGUGUCUUUAAUGGAUUUGCAAUAUUAGUAUUUGUUUGUACAGAAAAAGAUAUAUAUCACUUUUUAGAUAUUAAAAUUAAAAUAAAAGUUGUCACAAGGCUGAACACUAUUUUGUAUAAUAAAUGCACAAUGGCUGUAAGUACGUAAAAGUUGUAGACACUUACGAUGCCACAAAAACAGUUGUAUGAUGAUAGUAGCAAAUGUAAUGAGACAUUGCAUAUUGUAAAACGCCUACUUUGUAGCUUGUUGUACACAAGCAAAUGGGAGGCUGAAUGUCAAACAUUUGUACCGUUGCACACAAGACGUACCAUCCAAAAUGUACCGUUGCACACAAGACGUACCAUCCAAAAUGUACCGUUGCACGGCUUUAAGAGAUGACGUCACAGUACGAUUUAAUUCAUUGCGCUCAGUUAAAAUAAAGGUGCAAUACGCGUAUAAGCCUGCUGGCUAAAUGCGCAAUGCUGCCCAAGGUCAUGUGCGCUUGUGGGAUUUUGCUUUUCGCUUUCAAUAUUUUUGCUCCCUUUUUUUUCUUCAUAUUUUUGCUAAAUUCCGAGGCGUUGUACGACACAAAUAGAGAACAUUCUUAUUCGUGCAAUGGUGCGAGAUUUUGCAUUCGGUGAAAGAAAGAGACGCUCUAUUCAACUCGGCUAACACCUCGUUGAAUAGAGCAUCUUUCUUUCACCUCAUGCGAAAUCUCGCACCAUCGCACUCAUGCCUAUUCGCUAUUUGUAUACUAACGCUGCUCAAGCUAAGUAGGCGUUGUACAAUAUGCAAUGUCUCAUUUCAUUUGCUACGAUCAUCAUACAACUUUUUUGUGGCAUCGUAAGUGUCUACAAUUUUUACAUACUUACAGCCAUUUGUGGAAUAAUGGAUUUAUUCUCUUUCUUAUCUUGCAUAAUCAUGUCCACGUAAUUACUAGUAUUCAGCUUGGAGAUGUGCCUUGGCCCAGUGGUCUAAGGCGCCUGACUGGACUUUUGAAAGUCUGGGGUUCGAUCCCAAGCCACGGCACCUCUGCACGUGAGCAAGUAAUUUAACCCACAUUGCUCUUUUAUCCUGUAUUGAAGUAAAUGAAAAUGCUAUACACUGUACAUGUAUAUGCAUUCUUUCUAACUAUAUGUGCACUUGUGUUUGAAAAAAAAUUACAAAAAAUGUAAAAAAUAUUAAUCAAGAGGUAGAUCUACAUUAUGAAAGCAUCAAAAGGGCUACUGGAAAUAUAAACACUGUAGCAGGAAUUUUUUAAAGCCCUAGUAAUAAAUUCACAAUGUUUUGUUAAGGUAAUGCUUUUAUUGAAAGCUGAUGCAGCUAAUGUAUGUACAUGUAUGUUUGUAUCCUUUGCUAACUAACAGUGAGUGUAAACAUACUUGUAGUACUUUUGAAGAUUGGAAUUGAUUUUAAUGUAAUGCACAUACUGGUAUAUGAGGCUUAUAGUCACAUUGCGAUUAAUAGAAUGCUGAAGUCAUUUUUAUCAUCAUUAUUUAGUCAACCUGUUCUUCUUGCAAACGGUUACCAACUCUCGCACCAUGAAGCCCCUCCCUUCUACUUUUUUCUGUCUUUAGUAUCCUCCUUGUUCAGACCAACCUGACUGAUUUUUUCUAUACAAAGGUCCUACCAAAGUACUGUCCAGGGGCCCGUUUCAUAAAGAGUUACAACUGUUGUAACUUUGCCAUUAUGGCAACUACCAUGGCAACCUUGAUUCUGAUUGGCUGCUGAGCCCUGUUACCAUGGUAGCUGCCAACAGUUGCAGGUCCUUUAUGGAACGGGCCCCAGGAAAGUGCCAGAAUAAGUUCAUUUCAUUUAUUUUCCACAAAUCAAUCAAAAUACAAAACAUAACUCAUUCCCAAAUAGUAUAAAAUGAUUACAUAAGUAUAGACAAAAAGUAUAAAUACAAUCUUGAGCAUUACAUUUAAAGUGGAUGGACCUAAAAAAAAAGCAAAAGCUUUAUGGCCCAGUCACAUUUUCCCUAUGGCAACCGUAGGGCGAGUAGAAAACAGCUUAAACAUUUACGAUCAUGAAAGUUCAUCUGUGUUGGUAAAAGAUAACGAUUUUGUUGAACUUUGGUUCACAACACAAAAAACAGAAAAUAACGAAGAGUUCCCUCGAAAUUUUCGGCUGCUAACUGCAACCUUCGUCAGCGAUGUGACCCGAUUUGACCUUAGUGACGUAAUGGUCGAUGAUCGGGUCGUAGACAUUCGGAAGCUUGUAUCGCCCCCCAGCUACAUAUAGGUGGUUUGAAUAAAACAGCUGUUUUCGACCCGCCGUACGGCUGCUGUAGAGGAAAUGUAACUGCAGCAUUGAUGAUUAAUCGAUCAACCUUAUGUUGUCUAUGUAAAGUGUACCACUUUUACCAUGUGCAGAUGAGUAGAGUUUCUCGCAUGGAUGAAAACCUUGAAGCAAGGUGAACAGAAUCGGUCGGCAGACUCUUGUGAUUGUGGAGUUGGUUUUGUCUGCCAUUUGGAGGGUGUGUUAACACGAACAUGGCAGUAUUGAGCUUAGGAGUGUAAAGACUGUAUGAAUAUAUGAAGGCACAUUUUGCUCUACACUAUUCCAAUCUGGGACAUUUGCCCCAUAUCAUGCAAGGAACUUUGCUUGUCUGUCCACGCUUAUAGCGACACAUACCUGUGAUUAAAUUUAGAAGGAAAAUUUUGGGUUUAAAUGUCAUUCAAAUCAUGAUGUUAUUACAUUUUUCUUUUAUUUGUUUUGUAAUAUUAAUUUUGUAAAUUGACCUAUUAAGCAUGUGCUGCUCUUGGGUGUUUCAUAAAGCUGUACGUAAAUUAAGAGUGACUUUAGAAACGACUGGUGAACCUUUCUUAUGAGUAAUAUUAAUAUUAGUCCUCAUAAUAUAGGAAAUUUAACUUGGAGGACAUAAAUUUGUAUCAACCUGUAGAUUAGAAACUAAGUUUUAUGUGCAAAAUAAAAUUGGUGUCUGAAUGUUUGUGACUAUGGAUUCUAGAUAGCAUGGAUAUUCAUGCAAUGAGCAGGUAUGUAAAUGCAAUAAUUUACUCAAGGUGAAGGCUUUGCUUCUUGAGAUGCCCACGCUUCAAUAUGCAUCGCUAUUGGAUCGUUAUCAUUGUACUCGUGAUCAUCAAUAUCAAGAUCAUCAUUAUAUUCUGGGCCCCAUUUCAUAAAAGUUGCUAUGAUAGCAGGGGCGGAAAUCUCUCCCAAAAGGUAGGGGGGACAAGGGGCUGGAACAUUUGACAAGCAAAAAAAAAAAAAAAAAAGGUUAUUACCCCAAAUUUAAAGUCAUUUCGACGAAAAUAAAUUUGACAAGCAAAAAAAAUAAAAUGGUUAUCAUCCCAAAAGUAAGGUCAUCUCGUCCUAAAGAAAAAUGUUUUAUUUCGUUUUUCAAUGAUGUAUUUCUUACCAUCAUAAAAGGCCACAUAUAGGGGACAUUUGAUAUUGUGUCCCCCCCUACUAUUUUGAGUAGGGGGACACGUCCCCCCUGGUAUUUCUGCCCAUGUAUGAUAGCAACUCUUGCUGGAUUGACAACUUUCACUGGAACAGCCAACCAGGAAGCAGAAUUUUCACUGAUGCCGUGGUAGUUGACACUCCAACAGGAGUUGCUAUCAUAUCAAUUGUCUAUUAACUGGGGCCCAGAAGUAUUGUCAUUAUCAUCUUCAUGAGGGUCAUUUUAAUCAUAAGUAUCAUCAGUUUUGUCAAGUUCAUCAUCACUAUGUCUAUCAUCUUCAUCAUCAUCACCACCACCAUCAUCGAGAUCUUCCAAAAUAUAUCUUGUUGCUUAUAUACUAUGUAUAUAUACACACAUUUAUGUACAGUUUGGAAUCUCAGGUAUUUUUUGUUUCAAUCAGGACUGUUUUGUAGUUAUAUGUACAUUGUCUAUCAUCAUGUUUUUUUUUAAUAUAUAACCUACUUUGAACAGUCUAAUGUAUGUUGUCUAUAAUGAAAUUACUAAUUACAAUGCUUGUGUGCUAUAUUGAGAUUUUUAUAUCUUUUUAAAAAUGAAAUUGCCAUUUUAUAUCGAUAAUUGUAAGACAUUUUGAAACUAAUUAGUGUGUGAAUUUCUAAAGAAUAUCAGAGUACCCCCCCCCCCCUGAAAAGGUCUACAUGUUUUGCACAGAUUCUUAAAGGUCAAGUCCACCCCAGAAAAAAUGUUGGUUAAAAAUCGGAUGUAAAAUAAGAAAGUUACGACGUUUUAAAGUUUCGCUUAUUUUUCAAAAAAUAGUUACAUGCACAAUUUUAUCACAUGCAAAUGACAGAGUCGAUGAUGUCCCUCACUAUUUCUUUUGUUAUUUAUUGUUUGAAUCAUAGAAUAUUUCAAUUUUUACAGAUUUGACAAUAAGGACCAACUUAACUGAACCAUACAAUUUUAAACAAUGGUAAUUCAACACUUUCAGCGAGAAAUAAAACUUUUUUUCACAGGAAACUAGUAGAAAAUGAGAAUAUUUCAUAUAAUAAAAUACAAAAGAAAUAGUGAGUGAUGUCAUCAGUCCCCUCAUUUGCAUACCGAUGGGAUGUGCAUUUAACAGUUUUGUGAAAUUAAGCGAAACUUUAAAAUGUCAUAACUUUCAUCCAAUUUUGAUGAAACUGUCAGCGUUAUGCUUCUUGGAUUUUUCUCUUUUUAUUCAAAUCAACUUUUCGCUGGGGAUGGACUUGUCCUUUAAUGAAUUAUGAAAUGUGUGUUCUAAUCUAAAAGCAAUAAAUAUAUGUAUUUAUUUUCUGUUAUUAAAGGAGAAUGAAACCAGCUGAA